UUUAUAGGUUUUAUUGUAUUAUGCUUUUAUUUUGUUUACUUUAUAAUAAAACUGUUGCAGCUAGAUAAAACAAGCAAAUCCAAUAUUGUUAAAUUUAUAACAAAAGUACUGUAACACUAUACAGAAUCUCUUCAUCUUACCUAAAUUCCUUAUUGAGAAAACAUUACAGUAGAACAUCCAUAAUCCAAAAUUAUUAGGACCAAGACAUGUCUGGACUUGUGUUCAUUCUGGACAAGUGAUCAUAACCAAUACUCUACACAAAAUGUGUCACAUUUCCUUCUGAGCUAUGAAACUUCUUUACUGACAAAAUUAAGCACUUUUGGAUAAGCCCUCACUCAUGUAUAGUUUGUUAUCAGUUUACUUUUUUUUAUCUUGUCUUUUAUUAUUAAUGAGAAAAAUAAAAAACUGGGUUCUUGGUCUUCAGUGUCUUGUAGCAGGUGUAAUAGACAAAUGUUAUGCCAAGCAUUUUUCAUUGUGGCCUGUUUAACACUGUACUGUGUAGGAGUAAGUUUGCAAAACAGUCUUUAGUUAUAAAUUCCUGACAAAUUAUGCAAAUGCUUUGAUUUUUUUGGACAACUGAACAUACUAAGUUCGGUAUCUCUCUUUCUGUACAACCAAUUUAUUCUGAGCAGUUGAUCGCUGGAUUACGUGUGCUCUACUGUAUGUCCUCUUAUUUUGCCAUUACGUACAUUUGCACAGUAUCUCAUAACUCGGUGAUCCUUGUGUGUCCUUUGUAAUUAUAUUUGUUAUGAAUAACUGAUAAUAGCAAAGUUUUCUCACUGCUGUAUGUGAUGACUAUAUUAUUACCCCAUUUUCUCUUUUCAUUGGAUGGAGAGGUACAGCACUUUUGCAUCCAAGACCGUAGGAGGCCCAUCAGGAAGACAUUGUGCUUCAUUCAUGCCAUAUGCUCACCUUUUAGGCUCCCUCAUCUUAUGCUCAGUAGAGGGCACCUUGGCCACAGUUCUUCUUACAGAGCUGCAGCAGAAUGCAUAGAUGCAAUACAAGAAACAAAUACUUCUUCGAUGUGCCAUGUGUUCAUCUCGACCCAAGCAAAGCUCAGUCCACAUAAAAGUUCUGUUACAUGCAGAGAACCCAUAAGACGCACGGUAAUGGGCAAUUCUGAUACCACGGGUACCCAGAUUGUUGAUACGCAGACAGAAGACCAAAAUAAGCAAGUGGUUCUACCAUCGAUAUGGGAGAACAUAGCAACUUGGGGUACCUACUACUUGCAUAUUACUCCAGCAGUAAAAAUAGGGUAUUACUUCUUCACCCUUCUUAUGUUGUCCAUGGUUAAAGAGUCUUUUGAUGUGCCACAUAUUGAAGUGCUGACUGGCAAACAUAGUGUUCUAAAUGAGGUGUUUGUGAAAAAAGGGUGGGGCAUUACAUUAAGUGUGUUUGUCACUUAUCAACUUUUGUCGCUCAGCCUGCACAUUAAAUGGAAGGCUAAUCUUAAACAGCUUUGUGUUCGUGCUCUUAUCACAACAUUCUUUUUCUUCAUAUGGUGUGUGGUUAUCUUCCAAGAGAUAGAAAAAUACAUGGAGACUUGCACAUUAAAUGACAUGAGAGUGGUAUUGACCAAGAGAGAAUGUCUUAAGUUAGAUGGCCAUGUGUAUGAUUCUUAUGAUAUUUCUGGUCACUCUUACCUUAUGACUUACUGUGUUCUCAUAAUGAUGGAAGAAAGCAAAGAAAUUCUAUACUUCCUUUGCCUUGGAAGAGUUCUGAAUGGAGCACCACCACUAAAUACAUUUGAGAAGAUUAGUUGUCCCAAGCUUGAGGAGAAAGAAAUCAAGAUACUACAAUCAAGAUUUUCCAUAAUGUCUCCAUUGGUUGUUCUUAGUUUUGUGUGUGUGUGUCUUCUGUGCCUCCUCUGGGAUUUUAUGUAUAUUAUAACCACCAUUUAUUACCAUACUUUUUCAGAAAAGGUAAUUGGCACAAUGCUUGCAUUGAUUAUGUGGUAUUUACUAUAUAGACAACUAUUUGUAUAUAUUUUUAAAUAUAAAUUUUUCCUUUCUUAGUACAUGUAUUUAAAAGCAUUUUGCCUGUUUUCUAUGGCAUAUCAUAAAAUAUUUAAUUUUAAGAACUAGACAUAAUUGUUUCAUAUGAAAGGAUUUGCUUAAUAUAGACAUUUCUAUUUUUUAAAUGAAGACAAUCAUAUAUACGAUGCAUGUAUUUCCUAAACAAGCCAAGUUCAGAGUAUUUAUUUUUGUAUAACUCGGAACCAUUUUCAACAUUACAAUAUUUCAUUAAUAUUAAAAAAUAGGAAUAACCUACUGUAUAUUAGAUGUAAAAAUCAUUAAGGCUAGGUUAUUUUUCUAAGCCAGUUUUGGUGUACAGUUAAAUAAUGGCAUGUUAUUUAAAUCAUUUGUGUGAAUGUACUGUAUCAGUAUAUGAAAUCUUUUUUUAAUUCUAAAAUCCAGAUUUUCUUGGUUGGCUGAUUUGGCUUAUUAGGCAAAACAUAGAGAGAAAUGGCAGCCUUGAUGGGCACAGCACAUGACUGGAUCAGGGUAUUGUAAAGUUAUUGAAGUAUACAUAUUUGCAAUUUCAUUAGGCUACUUCUGAGUUUAGUCCCUGUAUUACUAUUGUACUGUACUUGAUUUUCCGUCUUAGUCUUGUUGCAUUUUAAACUCUCUCUCUCCCCCCCUUCCUCACACACACUGUUACACACUCCUACUAUCUCUCACACACUUUAUACAGUUAUUUAUUUUCACAUCUUGAAGUUUUCCCAUGUGUAAUGUAUUGUGUACUAUUAUAACCAUAAUCAAAAUUGUUAGUAUUUCAUAUUAUAUAUUUUUGUAUCUACUGUAUUGAGAAAAGCUGUUAAAAAAUUGCAUGAUUUGAAAAUCUUCAUAUGCAAGAAUGCCAUUGCUAUAAAAACUAACACCACUCUUCAACAAAUAAAAAUUAUAUUAGAACAUAA